UUGCCCCAGGGGGGGUCCCCCGACUCUCGCCCUCCAGGACCUGCCCUGCCAUUGGCACGGCCAGAUGUGCAGACGGGAGGGACAGAUGCGGACCCGCUAAACGCAGCCCAGGCUGGACUGGGAGCAGCCCCUGCGCGGCUGGUGCGCGCUGGAGUUGGGAGGGGAGCCGGGGAAAGGAUUCCAUCCCCGCUGCAGGGGCUGAGACGGUACCUCCUCCCGGGCUGGAGCGGGAUCCCGGAGGCAGGCAGAGGAGAGCAAAGUGAGGAGGAGCUACCGGGACCGGAGGAGGGGGAAGCAGAACCGGGCCAGCCAGGUCCCGGCUCGGCUUCGAUCCGGCUCCAAAUGCCUGCAAAGGGGGGACCUGCGCUCAUCCAGGCGCCCACCUAGGGAAAGAGGCUGCAGCCCUGUGUCUGAAGCUUCCCCGAGCCAGAACCACCGAACCGAGCCAGAACCUUAUCCCGAACCCUCCGCAGUCCCCUAGUCCCACCCAGCAUGGCUGCUCCCUGUAGGUCCCUGACCCUCUAAUAACCCCCUCCCGCCUCGGGCACAUUUUUCCUUCUCCCGGUUCGGACCCGGGUCUGCUGGCCGGAGGAUGGACGAAGAUGGACCGAGAGCAGCCGAGGAGCAGGACCCAGAGCCGGGCAAAUCCAAGACUUUCAUCCGCCUUAAUGACCUGUCCGGGAAUGGAGGUCGCUCGGGUCCAGGGGACAAGGACGCAGGAAGUGGGGACUCGGAGGUGGAGGGGCUCCCCUACCCGGCUCUGGCCCCGGUCGUCUUCUUUUAUCUGAGCCAGGAGAGCAGACCCAGGAGCUGGUGCCUUCGGGUGGUGUGCAACCCCUGGUUCGAAAGGCUCAGCAUGUUGGUGAUUCUCCUCAACUGUGUGACGCUGGGCAUGUUCCACCCCUGUGAAGACAUGGCCUGUGAUUCCCCGCGCUGCAGGAUUCUCCAGAGCUUUGAUGACUUCAUCUUUGCCUUCUUUGCUGUGGAGAUGAUAGUCAAGAUGAUUGCACUAGGGAUUUUCGGGAAGAAGUGCUACCUGGGAGAUACGUGGAAUCGCCUGGAUUUUUUCAUUGUCAUUGCCGGCAUGCUGGAAUACUCCCUGGACUUGCAGAAUGUCAGUUUCUCAGCUGUUCGGACUGUCCGAGUACUUCGGCCACUCAGAGCCAUUAACAGAGUUCCCAGUAUGCGCAUCCUGGUCACGCUGCUCUUGGACACACUGCCCAUGCUGGGGAACGUCCUCCUCCUCUGUUUCUUUGUCUUCUUUAUCUUUGGCAUCGUGGGAGUCCAGCUGUGGGCAGGGUUGCUCAGGAACCGCUGCUUCCUACCUGAGAACUUCAGUCUGCCCUACACGGUAGAGUUGAAAAGAUACUAUCAGACAGAGAAUGAGGAUGAAAAUCCCUUCAUCUGCUCCCAGCCUCGGGAGAAUGGAAUGCGUUACUGCCGCAGUAUCCCGACACGGAGGGAAGAAGGCCUGGAGUGCACCCUGGACUUUUACGCCUAUAACGACACCACUAACACCUCCUGCGUCAAUUGGAACCAGUAUUACACCAACUGUUCUGCUGGGGAGCACAACCCCUUCAAAGGAGCAAUCAACUUUGACAACAUCGGAUAUGCCUGGAUCGCAAUAUUUCAGGUCAUCACGCUGGAGGGCUGGGUGGACAUCAUGUACUUCGUCAUGGAUGCUCACUCCUUCUACAAUUUCAUCUACUUCAUCCUUCUGAUCAUCGUGGGCUCCUUCUUCAUGAUCAACCUCUGCUUAGUGGUCAUCGCCACCCAGUUCUCUGAGACUAAGCAGCGAGAGAGCCAGCUGAUGAAAGAGCAGCGGGUCCGUUACCUAUCCAAUGCCAGCACGCUGGCCAGUUUUUCGGAGCCGGGUAGCUGCUAUGAUGAACUUCUCAAAUAUCUGGUUUACGUUGCCCGUAAGGCCAGCAAACAGGUGGUCAAAGGCUAUAGAGAGGCAGGGUUCAAAAUGGGUCUCCUCUCCAGCCCGAGGAAUAAGAGUGGGGCCGAGAGGCAGCCAUGCAAACAUCGGCAGAGGAAAAGGUCAUCAGUGCACCAUCUGAUUCACCAUCACCACCACCACCACCACCACUACCACCUGAGUAAUGGGAACCUGCGGGCACCACGCGCCAGCCCUGAGAUCAGCGAUGUGGAAACCAGCUCACUCCACAAUGGCACCAACAGGCUCAUGCUCCCUCCCACAACAUCUAAUCCCCAUGCUGCCCCCAACGCUGCUGCCAGCAACGCAGAGUCCGUGCACAGCAUCUACCAUGCAGAUUGCCACUUUGAGCCCAUCCACUGCAGGUCAUCCCUCCCUCAGCCUGGCUUGAGUUUACCAAGCCCAGAGGGGCUCCCCAAGAAUGUGGUUGGCAGGAAGGUCUAUCCCACCGUACACCCAAGCACCUCCCAUGAGAUGCUGAAAGAGAAAAAUGUAGCAGAUUCUACAGUGAACCCUGGAGCCAGCACGCUAACCAACCUUAAUAUCCCUCCUGGGCCGUACAGCACCAUGCACAAGGUCCUGGAGACCCAGAGUACUGGAUUCUUUUCAGUCCACAGUACAGAUACGGGAGCUGGCUUUCCAGGUGCCUGUCAAAGUUCUUGCAAGAUUUCUAGCCAGUGUGGGAAACUGGACAGUGGUUCCUGCAACCCGGACAGCUGCCCCUACUGCAUCAAGACUCUGGCUCGUGACCUGGAGCUCACGGACAAUGAGACGGCGGACUCGGACAGCGAGGGGGUGUAUGAAUUCACCCAGGACGCCCACUACAGCGACCAGAGGGACCCUCAGCGAGGGAAAACCAGGGGCAGGAAAACCAGCCAAAUCCUGGCUUUCUGGAAAGUGGUUUGUGAGACGUUCCAGAAGAUCGUGGACAGCAAGUACUUUGGCCGGGGGAUCAUGAUUGCCAUUCUGAUCAAUACCCUCAGCAUGGGGAUUGAGUACCACGAGCAGCCUGAGGAACUCACCAAUGCCUUGGAGAUCAGCAAUAUUGUCUUCACUAGCCUCUUUGCCCUGGAGAUGCUGCUGAAAGUCCUCGUGUAUGGUCCAUUUGGCUACAUCAAAAAUCCAUACAACAUCUUUGAUGGGAUCAUUGUAGUGAUCAGCGUCUGGGAGAUAGUGGGACAGCAAGGCGGGGGCCUGUCAGUUCUGCGGACAUUCCGUCUCAUGCGAGUCCUGAAGCUGGUCCGCUUCAUGCCUGCCCUCCAGCGCCAGCUAGUGGUCCUUAUGAAGACCAUGGACAACGUGGCCACCUUCUGCAUGUUACUGAUGCUUUUCAUCUUCAUCUUUAGUAUCCUGGGGAUGCAUCUUUUCGGCUGUAAGUUUGCUUCGGAGCGAGAUGGAGACACCCUGCCGGACAGGAAGAAUUUUGACUCCUUGCUGUGGGCCAUCGUCACGGUUUUCCAGAUUCUGACUCAAGAAGACUGGAACAAGGUCCUCUACAAUGGCAUGGCAUCAACCUCUUCCUGGGCUGCUCUCUACUUCAUCGCCCUUAUGACGUUUGGGAAUUACGUUCUCUUUAAUCUAUUGGUGGCCAUCCUGGUGGAAGGUUUCCAGACUGAGGGAGAUGCUUCUAAGUCUGAUUCUGAGGGGGAUCUUUUCCCUCAUAGCCUGGAAGAAGAGGGUGGACUUAAGAAAAACUUGUCAAACCCAGCCUUGAUGGUACUGAGCGACCUCCCAGAGCUGAAGAAGAGUCUGACCCCGCCCCUCAUCAUCCACACAGCUGCCACCCCAAUGCCAAUGCCAAAAAGUGCCGUGUUCGGAGAUGCAGCUCGGGGCUAUGAAUCUCGCAGGGCCAGCAGUGUCUCCAUGGAUCCCAAUGCCUAUGAACUCAAAUCACCGUCCAGCAUACAGAGCUCCCCCCACAGCCCUUGGAGCGCAGCCAGCAGCUGGAAUAGUCGCCGGUCAAGCUGGAAUAGCCUGGGGCGGGCUCCCAGCCUGAAACGCCGGAGCCAGAGUGGGGAGCGCAAGUCCCUCUUGUCUGGGAACGGGAAGGAGAGUUCGGAGGAAGGGGAAAGCUCGGACGAGGAGAGGUCCAGCCGGACUGGGAGCGUCAACAGCUCUUUACCUCACCGCAUGGCGUCGCUGGAAACUAAAGGCUCGUUCGAUCUCCAAGAUACCUUGCAGGUGCCUUCCCUGUACCGAACCAGCAGCAUGCACAGCAGCCGGACCGCUGCAUCGGAGCAUCAAGACUGCAAUGGGAAAACCUCCUCAGGAGUCUUGUUACAGCAGCUCCAGAUGGAUGAUGAUGACGCUGAUGAUGAAGGCAACCUGAGCAAAAGCGAGCGUGUGAAGGCUUGGAUAAGGGCACACCUACCUUCCUGGUGCAAAGAAAGGGAUUCCUGGUCUAUCUACAUCUUUGCUCCUCACUCUAAAUUCCGUCUGAUGUGCAAUAAAAUCAUCACUCACAAGAUGUUUGAUCAUAUCGUCUUGGUUAUUAUUUUCCUGAACUGCAUUACCAUUGCCAUGGAACGGCCAAAAAUUGAGCCCCACAGUGCUGAACGAAUUUUCCUGACGCUGUCCAACUACAUCUUCACAGUAAUCUUCCUGGCUGAGAUGACAGUUAAGGUGGUGGCGCUUGGCUUGUGCUUUGGGGAGAAGGCCUACCUGAAGAGCAGUUGGAAUGUGCUCGAUGGGGUGUUGGUUCUCAUCUCGGUCAUUGACAUCCUGGUUUCACUGGUAUCGGACAGCGGCACUAAAAUUCUUGGAAUGCUGAGGGUCUUGAGGCUACUGCGAACGCUCAGGCCAUUAAGGGUCAUUAGUCGAGCACAAGGACUGAAGCUGGUGGUGGAAACCCUGAUGUCAUCCCUGAAGCCUAUUGGGAACAUUGUGGUCAUCUGUUGCGCUUUCUUCAUCAUCUUUGGAAUCUUGGGAGUCCAGCUUUUCAAAGGGAAGUUUUUUGUCUGCCAAGGGGAGGAUACCAGAAACAUCACAAACAAAUCAGACUGUGCAGAAGCCAGCUACAAAUGGGUCCGGCACAAGUAUAAUUUUGAUAAUCUCGGCCAGGCCCUGAUGUCUCUGUUUGUUCUGGCCUCCAAAGAUGGGUGGGUGGACAUCAUGUAUGAUGGCCUUGAUGCUGUAGGAGUUGACCAGCAGCCAGUUAUGAACUAUAACCCUUGGAUGCUCCUCUACUUCAUCUCCUUCCUGCUGAUUGUGGCCUUCUUCGUCCUCAACAUGUUCGUGGGGGUCGUGGUGGAGAAUUUCCACAAGUGUCGGCAGCACCAGGAGGAGGAAGAAGCCAAGAGACGGGAGGAGAAGAGACUUCGCCGGCUGGAGAAAAAGAGAAGGAGUAAGGAGAAACAGAUGGCUGAUCUAAUGCUGGAUGAUGUAAUAAUGGAGAGCUCAGCCAGUGCAGUGCAAGAAGCACAGUGUAAACCCUACUAUUCCGAUUACUCUCGCUUCCGGCUCCUGAUCCACCAGAUGUGCACGAGCCAUUACCUGGAUUUGUUCAUCACUGGAGUGAUCGGCCUCAAUGUGAUCACCAUGGCCAUGGAGCAUUACCAGCAGCCAAAGGUUCUUGAUGAGGCACUGAAGAUUUGCAACUACAUCUUCACUGUCAUCUUUGUCUUGGAAUCUGUUUUCAAGCUGAUUGCCUUUGGGUUUCGCCGGUUCUUUCAAGACAGAUGGAACCAAUUAGACCUGGCAAUAGUGCUGCUGUCUAUCAUGGGUAUCACUUUGGAAGAGAUUGAGGUGAAUGCAUCAUUGCCCAUUAACCCCACCAUUAUCCGGAUAAUGAGGGUGCUCAGGAUUGCUCGAGUGUUAAAGUUACUGAAGAUGGCUGUAGGGAUGAGAGCCCUGCUGGACACAGUCAUGCAAGCGCUGCCUCAGGUGGGGAAUCUCGGUCUUCUCUUCAUGUUGUUGUUUUUCAUAUUUGCAGCUCUUGGAGUGGAGCUAUUUGGCGACCUUGAAUGCGAUGACACUCACCACUGUGAGGGGCUAGGGCGGCACGCCACUUUUAGAAACUUUGGGAUGGCCUUUUUAACUCUCUUCCGGGUCUCAACAGGAGACAAUUGGAAUGGGAUAAUGAAGGACACGUUGCGUGACUGCGACCCGGAGUCCACCUGUUACAACACAGUCAUCUCGCCCAUGUACUUUGUCUCCUUUGUGUUGACGGCCCAGUUUGUCCUGGUGAACGUGGUGAUUGCAGUGCUCAUGAAGCACCUGGAAGAGAGCAACAAGGAAGCCAAAGAGGAAGCAGAGCUGGAAGCGGAGCUGGAGAUGGAAAUGAAAACUAUCACCCCAGGCCCAAUCCCAGCCUCGGACCUCUUUGCAUGGACAGGCGGUAAUGGUGGAGAAAGACCUGAGAGCCCCAGAGGAUGUACCAAUCCCAUGCAAUUCAAGGUGGAUUCUCAGCUCUCAUUAUUUUAUCCUAUGGAAAGACACUUGUUUGAUACCAUAUCACUGCUGAUCCAGGAAUCUCUGGAAGGAGAGUUGAAGCUGAUGGACAACCUGUCAGGCUCUGUGUGCCAUCAUUAUGCCCUUCCAGCUCCUGAAUAUUACAACUCUGAGAAACAGAUCCCUCUAGCUGAGAUGGAGGCUCUGUCUCUGACGUCAGAUAUUCUCUCUGAAAAGUCCUGGUCCUUAGCUCUGACGGAUGACUCUUUUCCUGAUGAUACUAACACACUCUUACUUAAUGCUCUGGAAAGCAAUACUGAUCACCUCUCCAAAGAUGACACUCUGACACUGUCCCCCAGCAAGGACUUGCUGAGUGUGAGAAAGCCUUUCGUAGGUCGCACCCACUCUUUGCCAAAUGACAGCUACAUGUUCCAGCCGCCGUACGCUGGCUCCUGUGCCAACUCCCAGGCCGAGAGGAACGCAUCUCAUCAGAAAUCGCAGUCAGGUUCAACAGCCUCCGUGCAGUCGCAGCCUGCUGACACCAGUUCUCUCCUGCAAAUCCCAAAAGAUCAUUUUCACCACAUAAAACCUCAUGGCAAUUUGGACUGGGAAAGCAAAUCCAAGAUCCCCCGAACUGUGCAUUCUCCCUCUGCAGAAAGGUUACUUCGUAGGCAGGUGGCAAUAAGGAAUGACUCCUUGGACAUGUAUUGCUCUGAAAGCAAAGAGAAUUUGCAUGCUGAGGUGAAUGAACUCUCUGAUACAAAUGUGCCAGCUGGAUCCACAGAGGACCCAUCAGAAGCAAGUGAAUCGGCCUGCUGGGGCCGAUCAAGUGUUCGCACUCAGCAUUCCCACAAUCGGUAUAAUAUAUCCAAGCACACACCAGCUUUGUGUGCAUGUACAGGCUCAUAUCAAGAGACACUUAGAGACUCGAUGGACCAAGAAGUAUCUGAAAUAAACAGCUCUUUGGAGCCUUUCACUUCAGGAACUUGUACAGCCUUGAGUGCCUGUUCAGUGGUUCCACCUCUAACUCCUAAGAGGAACAUAGGCAAUAGCAGCAAUGUUACUUUGAAGGACCUGAAGAAAUACUACAGUGUAGAUACCCAGGGUCUUCUCAGAAAACCGUCAUCUUGGUUAGAUGAUCAAAGGAGACAUUCAAUAGAAAUUUGUUCCAUGCAAAACAGCCCUCAGCACCAUUCCACAUCUAGCUCUUCUGGCUUCAUAAGUCAGGUCUUAAGUGAAAUGGAAGGCUUGCAAGGAGCCCGGCAGAAGAAAAAACUGAGCCCCCCGUGUAUAUCUAUAGAUCCACCAGAUGGACAAAGUUUGUUACCUAGAGGAUCUCAUGGUAUUUCACCUCCCAGUGCAGACAUUUGCUUGCGAAGGCGUGCACCAUCUUGUGAUUCCAAGGACUCAAUGGAUAUAGGAGAUUCGCUGCUUCCAGACAGUAUGUCAACAUCUCCUACCCCAAAGACAGACUUGUUGACACUUCCUAGUUUUUCCUUUGAUCAAGCAGAAAUGGAUCCCUGAAUUAUAUUUCUGUUGGUGCCAAAUGUUUUCUUCCUUUCGUGUAAUAAAAAAAAUACAAAUUAAAAACAAACAAAAAAACCCUCUGUAUUUUCAAAUGGCACUGGGUAAAAAUUUCCAAAGAAAGUUGAAAGAACCAGCUGGUUAAAGAAUGGUUAACCUAUAUCACGCUUACUUAAGCAUAUGUUCUGCUUAGGUAAAAGCAAUACAUUGUGCAGAAUCUAUAUGUAUAUUAUAUUUUAUUAAAUUAAUUGACUCUAGUAUUGCGGGAUGUAGUACAUUUUGUGACUAAAAUCUUGUUUAAUUUUCUUCUAUUUUAUGUAUCUCAGAAUAUUUCUGAGAUAAGGUUUGGGUUUUAUGGACAUUUUAACAUAAAAUACAUAUUUAAUCCUUUUUUGUUUUGGUUUGGUUUGGUUUUUUUGCAAAGCACAGGGUAUAGCCAAUUAGUGCAUUACAGAGGAAAUAUAUUCCACAGUCAACAAGGAAGGAGAAUAAUUUUGAACUGUAAUGUAACCCCUCCCCCCCUUAAACUUAAUCGUUUUCUGUGGAAAAUAGUCAUUUGAAUAUUUUACAAAUGCAAUGGAAUUCUUUUUAAUAAUCGAAUAAUUUUCCAAACUAAAGUUAAAUCACCCAUCAGAGUCAAAACAGAUGCAUGAAGAUUUCUAAUGUAAAGAGAAUUUAACUGCAUACUAGCAUGACACAAUAUUGGUUUAUUAAAAGGUAUUACAUAUAUUGCUGCUGAUUACAAUGGUGGUUCUUAAAAACUUGUCAAUGGAUGCAAUUUUCAAAAGUACCCAAGUGAUUUAGACACAUAAUCCCAUGGGCACUUUUUACAAUUUUACCCAAUAUCUUUAGAUACCUAGAACCCAAUCCUGAGCUCUCCUGUGAGCAGUUUUACACUAGUCUAAGUCCAUUGAGUUCAAUGGAGUUACUCCUACUUGCACCUAUGAGAGAGGAGAAUCAGACCCCUAAGUAAGAUCUGCAGUUAGCUAAACUCCAUAUAGCCCUGAUCCAGGAAAGCAUUUAAGCACGUUCUUAUGAUCAUCCCUGUCCAGCAAAGCACUUAAACCUAGAUUUUUGAAUUAUUUAGGAAUUGUUGCACUGCAAUGCCUAACUGAUUUAAGAGCCUAAAUUUCAUUUUCAAAGUGAUUUCGGCACUUAGGAGCUAAAUAUUAUCAACUGCCCAUGGGAUUUUGGCUCCUAAGUGCCCAAAUCUCUUUUAAAAAUGAGAUGUAGGCUCCUAAAUCGGUUAGGCAUUGCAAUGCUGUGCACAGCAACGCCUAAACACCUUUAAAAAUCUGGGCUUGAAGCAUGAGAUUAAUUUUAAGCAUGUGUUUAGUCUCAUUGAAGUCAAUAGGAGUUAGGUGCUCAAAGAUAAGCAUAUGCUUACGUGCUUCCCUGAAUAAGAAUGCUUUGCAGAAUCAGAGCUUAGCUGAAGGUCAUUACCAAAAAGAGUAGGGAAGCCUGCAAUACAACAACUAUUUAUCUUAGGUAAAACAGACGAGUUUUUCAGUGCCACAACUGGGAGCUAAUUUGUAAGGCCCUACUUUCAAUUUCCUUCCAACCUGGAAAGACUUUAACCAGAAAUUCUUUCAAAUUGUGGUACGAGAAUAAAUUAAGAUAGAAUUUUUACCAAAUGUUUAUAACAUGUCCUUAAUGUCAGUCAUCUCCAAAAUUCAUAAACUCUGUGCUAAAGCCCCAUGCAAAACUCUGUUUGUAAUAUCAAAGUCAGGGAGAGAAUGCAGAAUAUGAAGCACUGCAGAAUUUGGCCCAAUAGGCCCAAUCCUGCUCUCAGCUACUCCAGUGUGAAUCUGAAGCGAACUUCAUUGAGCCUCAAUAGAGUCGACUUCAGAUUGAGGCUCCUUAAAGACUAAUCCACAUUUCAUUUCAAGUAUGGGAGUAGUCCCAAUUAAGUUAAUGAGACUACUACUAUGCUUAAAGUCAAGCACAUGCAUAAAUCUUUACAGGAUUUUGCAGAUUUAGCCUUACACCAGUGUAAUUAAGAGACGGAUUUGAGGUAGUUUAAUUCAAAAUGACUAGUUCUCUUAUUCAGGAGAUUGAAAUUCUUUGAGCGCCACUGAUUUUUUUCAAACUCCUAGGAAACCUUGGUUCCAAGUCCUUUGGUGGGCUCAGAGAUUCUCCCAGUGUUCCUUUUUUGUAUCGAGAUUAGCUUCAAAUAAAUAUACACAAGGAAGAUGCCCUAUAUUUAAUAGAUCUAUGUGAAGAUUUAAAUUACUUUUAAUUUCACUUGAGGAAGUUUACUUUCCUAAACAAUCAUCAUUGAUUUUGCAAGUCCUGUACAAAAGUCAGGGAUUAUACAGCAGGAAGCAAUCAAUUUAUUUUAAAGAUUAACAUUCUGUACUGUUUCUUCCAAAUAGAUUAUUUCUUGGCUAGGAUGGUGGGCUGCUUUUUUUUUUUUUUUUAAACCCUGCUCAAGAGUCCUAAAAUGUGCCUCACACAGAGCAUUCUCUCUCAUAAUCCGAGUCCAAGUCCAAAAUUAAACCCAAUUAAAGCAAUCGUUACAAACAAACCUUUCAUCAGUGCUUCACCCAGAUCCCAUUUAAGGAAAUAAUAAAAUUACAGUGCAUUAAGCCUGAGAAAUAUUCUUAAUCCCUUUUUGGUUUUACAUGCCUAAUGAGCUUUAGACUUUCCUUUUGACCAUACCAAAUAAUCCAGCAAAACGGUUGGGCCACUAAAAUUACUGUACCCAAAUUUGCUAAAUGACUUGCAAUGUGUUUCUGUAGCUGGAGUGGAGCUGCAUAGUAAAAGGUCUACACAACACAGUACCUUCCUGGUAAUAUAACAUGCAAUAUGUUAGCCUGAAAUCAUGGUGCAAGAAGGUGAGGUAGUGUCAAUCCAUGCUCACAGGUCCAACUGUAACAGGAAGCCUAACAACUGUCUAACUUAAAAACUGUUCUAUUUUCAGUACUUGGGGUUUUGCCUACUGACAAGGGUUGUGUGAAUAACAAUAAAACAAAGUUUACAUCAUACAUUCAUGUUCAAUAAAACCAAUCAAUAGAAACAUACUGUACGAAGAUGCAUUCAGGAAAAAAAAUGCAUGUAAAAUCAUUUGUUUUCUAACUGAUGAGAGUUUUUUUCUAGCUGCCCUUUUGAAAAACAAAUAUAUGUACUACAGAGUGUGCAAUAAUCUUAAAAUCAUUUUAAAUACCUUUGGGGGGUUUUAUAGAAGUUGACUUUUUUUUAAAGAAAAAUGUAAAAAAUCCACAGGAAUUCUGUAGAAUGGUUAUGUUGAUUGAAUUUUUAUAUUUUUGUAGAAAUCUGUAGAGAAAUUGUUAAAAGUGUGCAUAGCAUCUUGGAAAGAGAAGCAGCUAUGUCUAAUAUUUUCUUUUAAUAAAUUUGGGGCCAGACCUAGUAUAUUCCAAGAUUUAUAACCUAGUUCCAAAGACCGCAUAAAGGUAAUGGUUAGAAGUGAGUAGCUAAGCUAAAGUUCUAGGAUGUUGCAGUGCUACACUGCUAAAGAACUGUACUGGUAUAAAACAUGUCCACCC